AUCCCUUUCCUCACCCAAACACGAACACAAACACAAACAAAAACACAACAAACGUCACACUUUCUGUCUCUUUCUCUUCCUCCCUUUGAUUUUCAAACCCUUUAAAAAUACUAUUUUUCCCCAAACCCAAAUCCCAUAUUCCACUUUUCGUCGUUACUAUGUCAGACACCGAAACCACACCGGACCAACCCUCCGUUCCGCCGCAAACGGAGGCUCCGCCGCAGCCAGACCCCUCCGCCGCCCUUUCCUUCACCAUAUGGCCCCCCACCGACCGCACCCGCGAUGCCAUCGUCAACCGCCUCAUCGAGACCCUCACCACCCCCUCCGUACUCUCCAAACGCUACGGCACUCUCUCAUCCGACGAAGCCUCCGCCGCCGCUCGCCAGAUCGAGGGUGAUGCCUUCUCCGCCGCGGGUGCCUCCGUCGCGACCUCCGCCGAUGGCAUUGAGACCCUCCAGCUCUACUCCAAGGAGAUCAGCAAGCGCAUGCUCGACGCUGUCAAGACCAGAGCUCCGCCGGGUUCCGCCGCCGUAGAGGGCGUCGCCACUGUCGUCUCCGAAUAACCUUUGUUCUGCGAGAUUGUAGAAUUGGAAGAUCCGCGGAUAUCAAUGGUGACAACAAUGGUGCUGAUUUUGUUCUUUCAGCACUUUAGAGUCGAUGAUGCCAAUCGUGGACUAUAACUGCAACUGUAUCAAUUAUUUCUUCCUUGGAUUAUGUGUUGAUUGAUAUCACAUUUAAGGUGGUCUCUUUGUCUCUGUAAUUUGUGUCCUGCAACCUUUUACUUAAGCAGCAAUCUCGUACUAACAUAUGCAUAAGAUGAAAGGUUUUGCAUACUGAUUAACUAAUUGUAUCCAUGUC